CCAACUCCGAGCAGCGAGCCCGCCUCGCCUCGCAAUCUCCGCCGCCACCGCACCAUCAAAAAAAGUUCUGCCACCGUCCCCACCCCACCGCACCGCAUCUCCCUUCCACUCCCAUUUCCCCGCCACCGCCGUCGCCAUGGCCGCCGCCGCCGCCGCCGCCAGCUCCCUCCUGCACGUACCGGCGGCCCGCAGGGCGUCCGCCGCCGCCGCCCGCUCGCCGCUCUCCCAACCUCCCGCGCCCACUCCUCUCUUCAUCCGUCUCCGCGCUCGGCGCCCUCACCGCCUGCCCCUCCGCCUCCGCUCCACCUCCCCGACCGCCGCGUCCGACCUCACCGCGUUCCCUCCGCCGAGCCCGACCGGGAUCUUCGCGUCCGACCCGCACCCGCCCAUCGACGUGGACGCCGCCACGGAGGCGGAGCUGCGGGAGAACGGGUUCCGGAGCACGCGCCGCACCAAGCUCGUCUGCACCGUGGGGCCCGCAACCUCGUCGCCCGACCAGCUCGAGGCGCUCGCCGUCGGCGGGAUGAACGUGGCCCGCCUCAACAUGUGCCACGGGGACAGGGAGUGGCACCGGGACGCCAUCCGCGCCGUCAGGAGGCUCAAUGACGAGAAGGGAUUCGCCGUCGCCGUCAUGAUGGACACCGAGGGCAGCGAGAUCCACAUGGGCGACCUCGGCGGCGCGUCCUCCGUCAAGGCGGAGGAUGGAGAAGUAUGGACGUUUAGCGUUAGAUCAUUUGAAUUGCCUCUCCCAGAACGGACUAUUAAUGUGAACUAUGAUGGAUUUGCUGAAGAUGUGAGAGUUGGUGAUGAGCUUCUUGUGGAUGGUGGAAUGGCUCGGUUUGAGGUGAUUGAGAAGAUAGGACCAGAUGUUAAGUGCCGUUGCACAGAUCCUGGUUUAUUGUUGCCACGUGCCAAUCUUACAUUCUGGCGUGACGGCAGUAUUGUCCGUGAGAGGAAUGCUAUGCUUCCUACAAUUUCAUCAAAGGAUUGGCUUGACAUAGACUUUGGAAUUGCCGAAGGUGUUGAUUUCAUCGCUGUUUCGUUUGUCAAGUCUGCAGAAGUAAUUAAACACUUGAAAAGCUACAUAGCUGCAAGGGGCCGUGGCAGUGAUUUAGCAGUCAUUGCAAAAAUUGAGAGCAUUGACUCUUUAAAGAACCUGGAGGAGAUCAUCCGAGCAUCAGAUGGUGCCAUGGUAGCGCGAGGGGAUAUGGGUGCACAGGUUCCCUUGGAGCAGGUCCCCUCAAUACAACAAAAGAUAGUUCAACUGUGCAGGCAGCUCAACAAGCCAGUCAUUGUUGCUUCUCAGCUUCUCGAAUCGAUGAUAGAGUAUCCCACACCCACCAGGGCUGAAGUUGCAGAUGUUUCUGAAGCUGUCCGCCAGCGAGCUGAUGCUCUAAUGCUUUCUGGCGAGUCAGCAAUGGGGAGGUACCCGGAUAAGGCUCUUAGUGUUCUAAGGAGUGUUAGCCUAAGGAUUGAAAAGUGGUGGAGGGAGGAGAAGCGUCAUGAGGCACUGGAACUUCAAAGUGUUUCAUCUUCUUUCUCUGACAAGAUAUCAGAAGAGAUAUGCAACUCAGCAGCUAAAAUGGCUAAUGGCUUGGGAGUAGAUGCCGUUUUUGUUUUCACGAAGACUGGGCACAUGGCCUCCCUUCUCUCGCGGUGCCGUCCCGACUGCCCAGUUUUCGCCUUCACAACCUCAACGUCUGUCAGGAGACGGCUGAACCUCCAGUGGGGCCUGAUCCCCUUCCGCCUCAGCUUCUCCGACGACAUGGAGAGCAACCUGAACCGCACCUUCUCCCUGCUCAAGGCCAGGGGCAUGAUCCAAUCUGGGGACCUCGUGAUUGCGCUCUCAGACAUGCUGCAGUCCAUCCAGGUGAUGAAUGUACCCUAAGAUCGAGCCUGAUCUCCAUGUCGCACGAUCCUGUAUCAGAUGGAACACGCACAUUAUCGGCACCUUGAAGGACAGUUCCUUGCGCCUAUGCUACUAUGCUAGGCCUAGUCUGGCCCAGGGAACUGUUCCAAUAAUUUGUGGCUUUCAGGCUGUUGUAGAACCCUUAUAUUACUUACAGUAUAGGCUUAGGUGACGUUUAAUGUGCAAGUAGUUGUUUCUGAUGUUUUUGCGUGAUAAAAGCGGUUUCCAGCUAUGCUCUCUCGUGAUGUUGCACGAUGAUGCCUGCAGCUAAUCUGCUUAAACUUUAGUUAGUGACAUCUGUAUACUUGGCACAUUGGAAUGGUGUGUAGAUUUUUGUCUAGAAAAAUAACUUUAGUUAGCGUCGUAAUUUUGAUGUUAACUUUAGUUAGCGUCA